CGCCUCUCCUCUCGCAGAUUAAGCCUUUCUCUCUCUAAAAAACCAGAGAGAGAGAGAGAAACCAGAAGAAGAAGACGAGCUGCGUUAGGGUUUUCGAUAUCAGAUUAGUAGGUAGAGAUUGUUUGAUGUAAACCACAGGUGGUGGUUUGUUUUGGCAGAAGAAGAAGAAGACGACGAGCAAUGGCAACCGCUCCGGUGAAGCCGCCGCUGCACAACUUCCCGCUAUCGUUUUUGAAAUGGGGGAGCAAGAACCACACCAACACCAACCACCGCUACCGCCGCCCCAUCUCCGCCGAGCCUGACCCCGACCCGUCUGCCGCCGACGACGACCACCACAGCAACGACUCCUCCGAGCCGCACAACCACCGCGUCGGAUCCCGCACCGCGCGCCACCGCUUCAACCUCGCCACCUGCUCCUCCGAGAAGCCUCCCAAGCCGCCGCAGAAUCCCGAGAAAGCGAGCGAGGAGAGCGACGACGACGACGAGGACCGUAAGGCCGCCGCCGCCCUGGAGGAGGCUGAGGUUCAGAACCGGUGGAAUCUGAGGCCGAGGCGAGCGCCGGCGAUGAUGACGUCGAAGGGGAAUACGAACGGCGGCGAGGUGCAUGAGGCGGAGGGGGCGAAGCAGAGCGAUCAGCUGGCGCCGAAGUCGUUGAGGCUGAGGGGCUUGGCGGCCGCGGCGGAAGGACCGAGCACGGAGAAGAAGAAGGAGAAGAGGAGGUUCUGGAUCGCUUUGUCUAAGGAUGAAAUUGAAGAGGACAUAUUCAUCAUGACCGGGUCACGACCCGCCCGGCGGCCCAAGAAGCGCCCGAAGAACGUCCAGAAGCAACUCGAUAACUGUUUUCCGGGAUUAUGGCUGGUGGGGUUUAGUGCUGAUGCUUAUCGAGGCUCCGAAUCUCCGACUAAGAAGUAGAAGAUUGUGUGUGCUUAUUUGAAAGCUGGCGAGCGAAAAGUUGUGGUGUGUAAACCUCGAUUUCGAGGUAUAAUGUGCUGAACUUUACGAUAGAGCAAGUGGCGUUACCUAUAGUAGUUAAAAGAAGGUAUAUUAGGGAGAAAAGGUAUCUAAUUUCGUUGUUUUUGGUUGUUAUAUGGGUCUGGUUUUGUAUUGCUCAUAGGAGCAGGAUGCAGGGCUGCUUUAGUUGCUUUGCGUUCAAGUAGUUCUAGUAUGUAAAAAAUGGGCGACUUAUAUAUAUAUGUAAAUGAUAGAGUCUAUUUCAGUCCUUUUCCUUUUUAAUGGUAUCAGGCUUGUGGGA